AUUCGUUGCAAUGAUUCGUCGAUCAGUUAAAAAGAUCGACGGUGGAGAGCCAGGUCUCGUACUCUACAGCUAGGGCCUUCUAGAACAGCGAAUCGUAUCCAACUAUUCACCAGAUUUUCUUCUUCUCCAGUAGGAAACAUCUCCCUGUUCUUUCCUGCUCGUGCGCCUCUCUCUGAUUUCCCUCUCCCGCUUUUGAGAGAGAGAGAGCGAAGCGACAUAGCAUCGACAACGAACAGUCCACGGAAGGCCAUCAGCUGUGAAUUUGUAUACUGAAAAUUUAUUGGAUGGCCAUUAUCCCUUGUGGAAACACGUCAGUAGCUCAAUGGGGUAUUUGUCCUCAAUUUAUGCUGAGAUCCUGUCUUGCCAACAGGAUAGCGAUGCCCCUGAACUGUAUUUCCAACAAAAUGAGCUUUUUGGGGGCGUCGGGUUCAAGCUUGUUUUCACGUGACUCCUUUCCAGUGUUAUCUUUUAUUGGGUCAUCUCGAUCUUCUCAUCAGCAGAGAGGAUCACGAUUUAUUGUUCGAGCUGAUGCGGAUUUCUACUCUGUCCUUGGUGUAUCAAAAAAUGCAAGCAAACCUGAAAUUAAAAGUGCUUAUCGGAAACUAGCAAGGAGUUACCAUCCAGAUGUCAAUAAAGAUCCUGGUGCAGAAGAGAAGUUCAAGGAAAUCAGUAAUGCAUAUGAGGUUUUGUCUGAUGAUGAGAAACGAUCUUUGUAUGACAAGUAUGGAGAGGCUGGACUUAAGGGGGCUGGCAUGGGCAUGGGGGAUUUCAGCAAUCCUUUUGAUUUGUUUGAGUCUUUGUUUGAGGGCAUGGGAGGUAUGGGUGGCAUGGGAGGCAUGGGCGGUAGAGGUUCCAGGAGCAGAGCAGUUGAUGGCCAAGAUGAAUAUUACAGCCUUGUUUUAAAUUUCAAGGAAGCAGUUUUUGGAGUAGAAAAAGAGAUUGAAAUAACUCGACUCGAGAGCUGUGGUACUUGCAAUGGUUCUGGUGCAAAACCAGGGACAAAGCCAUCUACAUGCAGUACAUGUGGUGGGCAAGGCCAGGUUGUCUCAUCGGCAAGAACUCCGUUAGGUGUCUUCCAGCAAGUAAUGACAUGCUCCUCAUGUGGUGGGACAGGGGAGAUUUCUACGCCAUGCAACACUUGUUCCGGAGAUGGACGGGUGAGAAGGACAAAGCGUAUUAGUCUGAAGGUGCCAGCCGGUGUGGACUCUGGUAGCCGUUUAAGAGUCCGAUCUGAAGGUAAUGCUGGAAAGAAAGGAGGGUCUCCUGGUGACCUGUUUGUGGUUAUUGAAGUGAUCCCAGACCCAGUCCUAAAACGUGAUGACACGAACAUAUUAUACACCUGCAAGGUAUCAUAUGUAGAUGCAAUCUUGGGGACAACAGUCAAAGUGCCAACAGUUGAUGGAAUAGUUGAUUUGAAGAUCCCGGCUGGAACCCAGCCAAAUACCACACUUGUAAUGGCGAAGAAAGGUGUUCCGGUGCUGAAUAAAAGCAACAUGAGAGGUGAUCAGUUAGUUCGGGUCCAGGUUGAAAUUCCUAAGAGAUUGAGCAACGAAGAGCGAAAAAUCAUUGAGGAGCUUGCGGAUCUCAGCAAGGGCAAGACAGCUACCAGUAUGAGAUAGUUGCCUGGACGUCAUUGAGUAUCCAUAUAUUGUAUAUUAUUUAGCUCCAUCAACCAUUUUCUUCUUUUCACGGGUGUUGAAGGAGAAUGUAGCAAUCCGUGCUUGCUUGAAUUGCAGGAUGGGUAGGCGUUGCUACGAGCACUGGUAGGUUAAACCAAAAAAAAUCAUGUUUUGUUAUAAUUUUGUCGCGGAUUUUGAAUUUAUUUGAGAAGGGAUGUGAAAACAGAAGGUAAAAAUAGGAAAACUGGAGGUAUGCCCCACUUUGAUUUUGCUUUGGCUUGGAACCCUACACUUCACUGAUUAAUUAUUCUUUCAAGUUGAACUGUUAUUUGAGCUCAAAUGUAUUUUGCUUUAUACCUC